AUGGCCUCUUUCGCCUCCGUUGCGACCCUCCCCUCUCCCUCCUGCUCCUCCUCCGACGAUGACUAUAACGACGCCAAGCCCCUCCCGCCUCUACCCGCAUCGAAAGAAAUACGCCCUCCUCCGCAGCACCAGCACCAGCACCAGCAGCAGCCGCAGCGGCGGCAGCUGGAGCGCGACUGCAACGUGGCCAUGAAGGCCGCGCGCGCGGGCGACGUCGACCAGGUGCUCGCCCGCUUCGCCGAGCUCAGGGCUUCAGGGACCCCCAGUGUGCUCUGCUACAACACUCUCAUGAACGCGCUCGUGGAAGCUGGCCAUGUGAAGGACGCCCACGACGCGUUCGGCGAAAUGCUUGCGGCAGGGGUGGCGCCCAAUGCGUCGUCCUGUAACAUCCUUCUCAAGCUGCACUCGUGGAUCUCUGACGACGACGACGACUCUCCGUACAAGGCGAUUCUCUGGAUGCGAGAGGCUGGGGUGGAACCUGACGUGGGUACGUACUCCACACUUAUCACGGGGCUGUGCCGUGCGGGGAGGCUCCCCGAGGCAUGGGGUGUGCUUGAGUGCAUGCUGGAACAGGGGUGCCGUCCCAUGGUGCAUACUUACACGCCCAUUGUACAGGGAUAUUGCCGCGAGGGCCGCGUCGGGGAGGCCAUGGACCUGAUGGCCACGAUGGAAGCUGCUGAUUGCCCUCCCAAUGUAGUCACCUACAAUGUUCUGAUCAGGGCUUUGUGUGAUGCCGCCAAAUUUAAGGAAGUCAAGCAGAUUUUAAAGGAGAGUAGAACCAAGGAUUGGACGCCCAGUAUUGUCACCUACAAUACGUUUAUGAACGGUCUCUGCCAGAAAGGUAAGGCUAAGGAAGCACUUGUGCUGCUGGGUGUUAUGCUGGGCAAAGGGUUGGAUCCCACAGAUUUUACUUUGAGCAUUCUUCUGAAUUGCCUUUGCCAUGCCUCAAGGAUUUCCCAUGCCAGAUUCUUGCUAGAGAGGAGUACGUCAUCGAGAUGGUAUGCUGGUGUUGUUGCAUACGACACUGUGAUGGGCAGGUUAUGUAAAAUGGGACAUUGGAGGGGUGUUCUGAAGCUGUUGACAGACAUGAUCAAGAAAGGUGUGAUGCCAAACACGAGGACAUUCAACAUUGUCAUUCGUAGUCUUUGUAUUGGUCGAAAGUGCUCCGCAGCCAAGAGCCUGGUCUGUAACCAAGGGUUUGCUGCAAAUGUCGUGACAUACAAUACACUGAUUGAUUGGUUUUUCUACCAUCGAAAGCGUAGUGAGGUGGGCCACCUAAUGUGUGACAUGGCAGCAGGAAAUAUUGCUGUAGAUGAAGUUACUUACACUAUAUUCGUUGUUGGAUUAUGCAGAGAUGGAAAUUUUGCUAAGGCCAGUAGUUGCUUUCUAGAAUCGCUAGAGAAUGGACUGUCAAUGGAUCUUCUUGGCGUCCUUAUAAACAGGCUCGCUUACAAUGGCAAAAUCCCGGAGACUAUUCGCAUAUUCCAGAAUAUGAGAGAAAGAAAAGGGCUUUUCCUAGAUAAUUCUAUAUUUGACCUCACAAUUGAAAGAUUCUGUAGGGCCGGUUAUUGUCAUGACAAAUAUAUACAUAAUCUUAACUCUAUUCUGGAUGCAAUGUUGGGAAAGCAGUGA